AUGCCUGACGUAAAUUGGGAGGUGGACUAUAGGAAGGUUUGGGUGAGAAAGGAAAAGGAAACAACGGUUCCAUCUCAUGCUGUCCAUCGGGUCUUGUGUCAACGAGUCUAG